ACGCAAGGGGCUAUAAUAUAUUAAACUGACUGUCGCGCUUAAUAGCUACGACGCAGAUUCUUACAGGCACACUUUUUACUCUGUUGGACCUAAACUAGCCAACAAAACUGGUGUUGAUUGAUUGUUUCAGCUUUCAAGAGAGAGCGUUUACAACACACAAAACGUGGUUCUGAAACUGCAAAAUGGAGCAACCCACUCUUUCGCGGUUGAGCAAUAAACCUAUUCCAUUAUCGGCUCUUGGUCGCCAAGUGAAAAUAGGAGAUCUAUACAACUACAACACUGACUUAAUUUUGCCUAGAAGUAAUAUUGAAUUGCUGGACGAAAAGAUUGAUACCAUUCGGAAGGAUGAAUGUGUUUAUUUCAAACCAGAUGACGAGUUCAAACGUCAAGUAUUAGGAAUCAGUUCGCACUUCGAAUACAGCAUCAAUAAAGGGUCCGUGGACGAAACCAGUUUCUGGUUCAAUGAUUACUUACAAGAUAGUUCAAUUGAUGAAGAUGACAGAAGUGUGGCAAAAAUGGACGUUUUCUUCCGCUUCAAGCGACGUACCGAAUGUAUCAUUCCAGAACAUUUCAGCGACUCAGAAAUGUACGAGUAUCAAGUAACUUCCGGAGGAAGGGCAACGCAUUUGGUUGAACAAGUAGUGUACGGAGCCGAGUUCAUCGUUUCGAUGCGAAGAGCCGUCGAUCGGAACGAAACGAAAGAAAACGCUGAAAAAAGUCUUCGCAUUGCAGCUAAAGCUUACUUUGACGAGGCUGUCGGUCCGAAUUCAAAUGAAAUGAAUGAACAACCGCCGGUAGAGUUGAACAAUGUCAUUUGUACAAACUUCUGCAGCCUUAGUGAACAUCGCAUGGUCAAGAAGCAAUGCUCCAUCCGAGAAUCCUGUGAAUGGCUAAGAGAAACUAUCGGUUUGGACGAAGAAAUAGACGGAAUGAAAUGGCAAGCAAUUGAAAUUGUUCUACGAAAUAUCCCGGAUCAAAUCGGAGCACGACUCUUUUUAGACAUGAAGAACGAAUUUUCUAUUGAAAAGAAACGAAGUAGAACGCAAUUUUUUCGGAUUCAGGAAGAGAGCUCACAAAUAUCAAAAUUUUCAUCUUUCGAUCUUGUCCCUCAAUCUAUAAUAAUGAUGAAGGAAUUUCUAAAGCUUCUGCCAGAACUUGAGAAAAAGUUUAAUCUAUUUAACGAAACAGAUUUUUUGAAGUUGGAAUUUCCAGAAAAAGCAUUGAGUGAAAUUAAAGAAAUGACCAUUUUGUUUGCUGAUAUAAUAGAGUGGCUGUUAAAACGAGAAAAAGACAUCGGAAAGAUACGUUCACUUUUAAAAGACACGCAAAAGAGUAUGCUCGAUCUAUCAGAGAUUGAAGGUCUGAGACCAAGUGGCAAUUAUGGGAGUAUGCAAGUUCUGUCCCAAAAGGAGUCCAGUCAAGAUCCACUGCUGAAACGCAUUAAGAAAUUUAUUCAAAAUCAAGAUUCAUCUGUGAGUGUCCAUGUUUCCCUAAUUUUGGCUGUAAGCGAAAAUCGUCGGGGCCAUUAUCUAAAAGAAUUACCUCCUUCCUACCCAGCCAAUGGGAGUGAAAUCCAGUUUGGCAAAUCAAACCAUAUUAAUCAAAAACAAAGUCAGCCUUUAAAUAAGACGGACUAUUCAAUCCCACGUUUAUCACAAUCUAACCAACGGCCAAAAAAUGUGGACGAGGACGUUAAGAUAACUGGCCCGAUUGAAAGUCAGCAAUUCACUAAAGAACAGUACGCGGCAGUAAAUUCAGGUGAUACAAAAGACGUGAAAAAAGUACCAAAUAAUGGAUCGCAAAUAAAAACCGAAUAUUUUGAGCAAAAGUUGACAGAACAGUCAAGCGAUCAAGUGGAUUCGUUGAUAGAGAAUUUUAAUGUUCUCCAUAUCGAGGUCCAAAGCGACACAACAACAAAGCAAGAUUGCCAUCUGGAAGAAAACUUGCAACGAAAAUCAAAAGAAACUUCUGAAACCGUAGCUGAUCGCAUAGGAAAUGGCCAAUUCAGUAAGUUCAAAGGGAAUCUAGAUAACAACAUUUUCAGCCAAGCAGACACGAGAAGCUUACAAACAAAUUCAGCCAUUGCAUGUUCAUCAACCCAUCAAGACGAAAAUCUAAAUGUAGUUCAAGGCCAAACUCUUAGAAUCGCUAUCGACUGCAAUACAGUGGAUCAGGGGAGUAUACCAAACCAACAAAUUGUACCAGAGAAAAAGAAAAUCACCGAAGUAUUUACGCAAGAAGAAUUCGCCAAACUGAAAAAAGACGGUCAGCCCAUGGUCCACCAAGCCGAACCGGCCAGAAUGCAAAUAAUUCCAUCGAUAGCAAGUUCAUUGUCCCGUCAGCAAGAAGAAAGCGCAAUUGUAGUUCAAGACCAAGGCUCUACAGUGGCAAUUGACAGCAACACGAUGGAUCAGAGAAGUAAACCAAUCGAGCGCAGUAUCCCAGACGCCGAAAAAAAGAAAAUUGCUGAAUUAUUUACGCAAGAAGAAUUUGCCAAACUAAUAAAAGUCGAUCAGCCCAUGGUUUACCAGCUCAACACCAAGGAAAGAUCAGUCGGUGAGAACCUGCGGUACUUUGACAUUCCGGGAACUGACACAGCGUCAUCGUCGCAAAACAGUCAAAACCGCAAAGUAAUUAUUCUGAUGGGUGCCACUGGAUCCGGCAAGAGCACGCUCAUCAACGGAAUGAUUAAUUACAUCCUGGGUGUCCAGUGGAAGGAUCCGUUUCGUUUCAAGUGCGUCCGUGAAGACAGUUCCGUCGUCAGAGAUGAGGCACACAGUCAAACGGACUCGGUGACGGCCUACACUCUCCACCAUCGCGAAGGGAUGGCCAUUCCGUACUCCAUCACCUUGAUCGACACGCCCGGUUAUGGAGACACAAGAGGUAUCGAAAGAGAUAAGAAAAUUACAGGCUACAUUCAUCGUUUCCUGACUCAGCAACAAGGGUUUAAAAUCGACCAAAUUCACGCAAUUGGUUUCGUGGCCGCUUCGGCUGAUAGUCGACUGACUCCUACGCAACGCUACGUACUUGAUUCAGUUCUGUCAAUCUUUGGUGAAGAUGUCAAGGAGAACAUUCGACUGCUGGUGACGUUCGCUGAUAACGCCAUUCCGCCCGUAGUCGAGGCCUGCCGAGCCGCCCAUUUCCCCAUGACUUCACCGUCGGGCGGUGUCAUGUACAACAAAUUCAACAGUUCAGUCCUCUACGCUUCCAACGAAAAAAAUGGCACGGAUGAUUUGUCUAUUGACGAAAUCUUCUGGAAAAUGGGGCAAAGGAAUUACAAAUCGUUUUUUACAAUGUUGGAAAACAUGAAUGGACGCGACUUGAAAUCUACCAGACUAGUUAUCGAGAAUCGCCAACUGCUGGAAAAGUCGCUCCCAGACAUUGAAGUUGAACUUGAAAUCUGCUUUGACACCAUUGAAAAGCUGAAAAAUCGAUCCCUGCACGGAAUUAGUUACGCGAGGAAAUUCAUCGCCAUGGAAAAGUCGCAAGGAUUAGACACUGCUAUAGCAAAAGCGAUGAGCUUACUGAACGAAGUUAACAAAAGCGGUCGUGUUCUGAAUUCAGUGGCCCUGCGUUCUCAUUCGUCAAGUGCAGUCGAUUAUCUGAGUUUGAUAAGAAGUCGUGUCAUUGAGGAACAAAGACCCGGCUAUCAAAUUCGUUUGCAGACGUUGACGGAACUGCAAAAUCUCCUAAACGAAAAUAACUUGGAAGAAAUAGCAAAGCUACCGGUAGGUAGGAAUGCUGAAUCCUCAUCAUAUUCCAAAGAAAAAGCUAACGCACCUCUUAGCAGUCAUUAUGGGACCAGAAGUUCAAAGCAAAAUAUAUCUUCUGCUGAUGUAAACCCGAUGCGACCUGAAACCUCUCGUUAUUCUUCAAAAAGUGUUAGUCGAUUGACUGCAUCCGUCACAAGUGGUCCAGGACAGAGAAUGAUUGCGGGUAAAAGCAACAAUGAAGCUCUGUAUACACGACAUGGAACUCCGAUCGCGCAAUCUACAAACAGAGCACUCGAAACCCAUCAAGGAUAUGGUGAAAAAAGUUUCGACGCCAAAAAAGUUAUGUCGACGGAAUUAGAAAAUCCUUCCAAUUAUCAUUACAGAAAGCAUUAUAAUUAUCCUACAGGUGGCACCGAAGGCAGUAAUUAUUAUUUCCCCCCCGAUACGAACGUAGUCAGUGUGCAGCCAGGUUUAGCCGAAAUUGAAGACCAAGGAGAAGGUUAUGUCUACACCACACAUUGGAAUUCAGCUGAUAAGCAAAAAGACGUGGAUUAUUCUCCAAAAAAAUCCGACAAACAGGGAAAGUCUAGCGGGUUUUUUUAAUUUUUAAAAUAAAAAUACCUGGGUUUAUUUGAUUGGUUCUUGAGAAAAAAAAAAUGAAAUUUUAAAUAUUUGGUGAACAAAUUCGUCAUUUCCCUGAAAUUUUGAAAUCCCAGUCGUCUAUACCAUUGGUGCGUAUGUAUAUAUACUUAUGCAAAAGCAAACUCUUUAUAACUGCAAAUACAUUUCAGCUUAUUAUUUAAAGUUA